AUGUCUUACGAAAUGUCAACCGCCGUUGAAGAGCCUCAACCCAUUUCCCGGACCUACCAGUACCGGAAGGUGAUGAAACCCAUGCUGGAACGCAAGAGAAGAGCCCGGAUCAACAGGUGUCUGGACGAACUGAAGGAGUUAAUGGUGACCGCGCUCCAAAGCGAAGGUGAAAAUGUGUCCAAGCUGGAAAAAGCUGACAUCCUGGAACUCACCGUUCGUCAUCUGCACAAGCUGAGACGUCAACAAAGGCUGUCGGCGAAUCCAGUUAUCGACUCCGACAGAUUCAGAGCUGGUUACACUCACUGUGCCAAUGAAGUGUCCAGGUGCCUUGCUUCAACUCCAGGAGUGGAUGUUCAACUGGGAACCAAACUGAUGACCCACCUCGGCCAUCGCCUGAAUGAGAUGGAUAAAGUGGCGCCUUUAGUGAUUCAAGUGUCUCAGUAUACUCCACCUGGUUCACCCUCCGACUCAGACUCGUCUACUUCGCAUCCCUACACGAUGCCUUUGACUCCUGCAUCUUCGACCUCAUCUAGGAGGUCGCCUUCACCAACCCAGCCAAUCGACUGCUCUACAGCCGGGCUGCUCAAAGUGGCCAUGAAAGAAGACCCAGUGUGGAGGCCUUGGUGA